AUGUGGGGAGAUGUGCCGGUGGCGGCAACGAUUCUGUCGGGGACGGACCUGUCGGCGGAGAUUCGCGCCGAGGUUGCUGCGGGUGUCGUCGAGAUACGUGAGAAGCACGGGGUAACACCAGGAUUGGCCGUUAUCCUCGUUGGCGACGACCCUGCCUCCGCUGUCUACGUGAACAACAAGCAACGGGCUUGUGAACAAGCAGGCCUGUAUAGCGAUUCAGCGCGCCUUCCUGGAAGCGCGACCGAGAAGGAAAUCCUAGCUGCGGUCCACGCAUUCAAUGAAGACCCGCGGGUCCACGGCAUUCUCGUGCAACUGCCUCUGCCUGAUGGAGUCGAACAGCAUCGCAUUAUUGAAGCCAUCGACCCGGACAAGGAUGUGGACGGAAUUCACCCCUACAACCUGGGCAAGCUGCUGCAGGGCCGCCCGGACUUCGCGCCCUGCACUCCGGCCGGGAUCGUUGAGUUGCUGAUGCGUAACGGCCACGACCCGACUGGCGCCAACGCGGUGAUAUGCGGGCGCAGCGACAUCGUGGGCAAGCCGCUGGCCGCCCUGCUGAUGCAGCGGGGGCGAGGCGGCAAUGCCACGGUAACCGUUUGCCACACCCGCACGAGGAACUUGGCCGAGGUCACCCGUGCCGCGGACAUCCUUGUGGCCGCCAUAGGCCGUCCGGAGGCCAUCACGGCCGAUAUGGUAAAGGAUGGUGCGGUGGUGAUCGACGUGGGCAUCAACCGGGUGGACGAUCCCUCGGCCCGGCGCGGUUAUCGUCUGAAGGGCGACGUGGAGUUCGAGUCCGUAUCGCAGAAGGCCUCUGCAAUUACGCCCGUUCCGGGCGGCGUGGGUCCAAUGACCAUUGCCAUGCUGCUGGUGAACACACUGACCGCAGCCCGAAUCAGCAUCCACGGCCGUCACCACUCGGGUUAG